AUGUCAGGAGCUCCCCGAGUUGAGCUUAACAACACACAAACCGAUUUCGACCUAGCCACGCCCAACGGCACUCCGGAUCUCAUAAAUCAAAUGGACGGCUCUCCUUCCCACGUAAACGGCAGCGCAAACAGUGAUUUGCAGAACAGUGCAAUCAAGGCAAAGAACGGAAUUCUAGAGACUUCACACGCCAUGAACGCCGCAAACAACCACCCGAGCGUGCAGAACGCCAAGCAGACCGUUAUGAACGGCCCCGUUGCACAGAAUGUCAAGGCAGAGGGCGCAAAGACCCGCGACGAGUUUGCUGAUCUGGCCAACUCCAAGACGAUUCCCGAGCACAAGGCCGCGACUGGUCAGAACCUCACUCACUACCACAGCAUGUUCUACCGCCUGUUGAGCUGGAAGAACCCCCGCGCUACCGGCAUCGCUUUUGGUGCAACCGUCGUCUUCAUCUUCGCCGCACGAUACCUGAAUCUGAUCCGCUACAUCUUCAAGACCUCCUACAUGGUACUUGGUCUUACCGCAGCUGCCGAAGUUGUCGGACAAGUGGCUAUCGGACGUGGUCUUACUUCGCAGUUCAGGCCCCGCCAGUACUACACUAUCCCCAAGGCUUCGCUUGAGCGCAUGACGGACGACUUCGAGCAGCUCAUCAACUUCUUUGUCAUCGAGUCUCAGCGGAUCAUGUUCGCCGAGAACGUCUACGUCACCGUUGCUGCUUUCUUCGCUUCCCUCAUCUCCUACUUCCUCAUCAAGUUUGUCCCGCUCUGGGGCUUGGCCUUGAUCUCGACAUUCAUCACCUUCCUCGGUCCUCUUGUGUACAUUCAGAACAAGGAGGUCAUCGAUGCCCAGUUGGAGAAGGGUCUCAACAUUGCCAACCAGCAGGCUCAGCAGGUCAAGGGCCUUGCUAACCAGCACGCCGGAAACGCCAUGAAGACUGUACAAGGCUACACCCAGCAGGCCACGGCCAAGGCCCAGGAGACCGUCAACCAGUACCGCGGGCGUUCCACUUCCCCAGAGGUCAAGAAGGAGGCUUUCCCUUCAGCUCCCACCCACGCACCCGUUGCCGAGGCUGAGUCUUCUUCCGACGAGUCCGAGACUGAGGGCGAGAAGAUCGCAGCGGCCCAUCCUGCCCUAUAA